AGGGCAGCAAUCGAAUUGACCCGGAACUCCUCGUCCUCCGGAGUUUACUAGACGAAGGAAAUUGGCGGUUGCUGUAACUGCGUUCCCGAGAUCGCCAUGUACCGGCAGGGUUUGCGGCCUCCCACCCCGCCGUCUUCGGGUGCUUCUGGAGGAGCUUCUCCACAAGGCUACCAAAGCCCUCGCCACAGAUCGCCUUACGGAUCCCGCUCGCGGCCAUAUGACAUUUCUCCUCGCUCUCCCCGCUUCCAACCGUGCGGGGAUGGUGGAGGCUGGUUUGGAGGGUCGGCUGCGGCGCACACACCCCGUAGGCCCCACAGUACCAGCCCUAGGUACCUGGCUCCCUACAGUGGCGGCAGGUCCCCCGGAGGGGCGUUUAAUCACCAGCAGCUCUUCAAGCAGCCGCCUUCGGGGGGCUACCAGAGAUACAACCAGGGAUCACCCCGAAUAUCGACUCCAUUUGGUACACCACAUGGGAAAGAGAAAACACUGUCCAAUGAUGAUGUGGAGAAUUAUUAUAAAUCUUCAAUGCUUGAGGACCCAUGGGCAGGCCUAGAACCUGUGUCUGUUACUGAUGUUAAACAACAAUUCAACCUUGAACAAGCAACACAUUGUGGUAGAAAAGGAAGAUAUUUCAGCUAAAGAACUUAACAAGUUAAAUAAUGUUUGUGAGAUACUGAUAUGUUUGUGAGAAACUGAAAUAGAAUUGCCUUUCUUAAGAUGAUCAUUACGCAAGUAUAUGGACUAUAUUUUUAAUUUCCAUAUUUUUGUUCUGUCAUUUUGACAAGAUUGAAUAUUUUUAUACUAAAAGAAAGAAGAUACUUUGCACUUCUGAAUAUACAGAAGAGAAAUACUAAGAAUACACUCUUAGCCAUCAUUGAACUGUUUUGAGACUUUUAAAAGUCUUUCUUGGCAAAUUGUUUAAGAUUGUAAGCUUCUUGAAAAGAUGUCAAAACAAGGAGAAUUUUAAAGUAAAAUAGAUCAUUAUGUAUUACAGUAUUACAGUAGUUUUUGUUAAUCAUACUUCAGCCUACAUUAUUAAAAUCCUUUGGGUUGGGUUGGUUUUUUUUUUUAUAGUUGUGGGCAAUGAAAUAUUUAACAUGCUUGUACACUGCAUGCUCCCAACAAAGCUAACCUACAGUGAAAUCUAUAAUCUAUACCCUAAUAAUAAAUAUGAAAAUAUACUGUAAUAAAUGUCAUAAAAUAGGA